CUUUCCUCCACAGCCACGCGGGAGCUCAGGGAUCUCAGCUUCUCUCCACCUUUCCUCCCAGCUCCAGGACACUGACUCUCUACGGGAUGAAGCCUAACGCUUGCCUUCUUCUCAUCCUCAUCCCCCUUCUCCAGCUGGUUAUCCCAGGGAGCACUCAGUGUUCCUUAGACACCAUUGUGGACAAAAAGAUAAAGGACGUUCUCAACAGUCUAGAGUAUAAUCCCUCUGCCACGGCACAGAAGCUCGUGUGCACCAGUGUCACAAACUCAGGCAAACUGUCCUCCUGCCCUGCAGGGAUGUCUGUCACCGGCUGUGCUUGUGGCUACGCCUGUGGUUCAUGGGAUGUGCAGCAGGAAAAGACGUGCCACUGCCAGUGCAGUGUGGUGGACUGGACCACUGCCCGCUGCUGCCGGCUGGCCUGAGAGGGAGGAGGCUGAGAACCUAAUUUCGUGAUCGUGACAGUAAUGAAACAUGAUCCCAACCAGGAAACCUGACUCAAUAUAUCCCCUUCAUUUGUUUCAACCCUGCUUCUUGAGUAAUAAAGACAAACAUU